AUGCAAAGAGCGGAGGACAGCAAAAGGGUUAUUUCAAGCCCAGCCGAAGCCAGGAUAUCGUGGAAGUCACCCACCGNGCUGUGGGAAAAUGGGUUGACCCCCGAAGUUCGUAAACUUCAACGGCGAUACACCCCCGUACGGUCGCUCAAAGAGGCCAUUGAUCGAGCGCGUCGUCUCGAGGAGUCGGAACCCGUUAUCACUGUUUCGGCAACUCACUCCGUAUCGUCUACCUCCACUCGUCCCGCGGCGGUGUUUCAGGCGCGUCCUAAGCAGACGGUGACUUUCAGGAAGUCACCCACCGCACGUCCGCCGACACAACACCGAGGAACGCCCGCAGCUCGUGGCCGAGGUUCGGGUAGAGGAGGUGGUCAGCGUCGGCCGUCGUUCGAUUCGUGCACCCACCCCUCCUGUCGGUCGCACAAGACUCACCCGAUCGAGCGCUGCUGGGUGAGGAUCGCGGAGGAAGAAGAGNGCCGUCAGGGUCGUUCCGCAUCGAAGCGGUCCCGUAAAGAUCGUCGGCGAAAGCAGAAGGACGAUUCCUCGGACUCCGAAUAGGGGUGCCCAGGUGUUGUGCCCGCAAUACUUGGGAAGAAAUCUGCUGCUGCCGUAGUAGUUUGCAGUAGGGGCGUGAAAAGAUAUUUUGAUCAUUUUGCGUCACUCGCGCGUUCGUCUAUGUCGUCUAGUACUCCAAGUUAUAGAUCGUGUCCGAAGAGUACAAAACGACUUGUAAAUAAGGCACAUGCGUCCCCUGUCGUAGAACAACCACAUAAACGCGUUCAGUUAACGCAGCCGAUUUAGACGUGGUUGAUAGAGAGUCCCCUGUGGCAUCGCGUGACCGUCAGAGUGCCAAGAAAACAAGGGCCGACAGGAUUGUUGCCUUGCCGAAAAAAAAAUCGGAGCUUAAGAAGAGGAAGAGGAAGUCGGAUGGAAUUAAUCAACGUGUUUCGUGGUACAGCUCAGCGCUGGCCCGAAAAAAAACGUCUCUGUCUCUGUCUUUUUCAUCCAAACGCGUUCGUGCUUCUGGAUAUAUCGAUGGUCAAUUUCUCCCUGAAACCACCAUUGAUACUGCAAGUGACGUCACGUGCAUUUCACUUUCGUUUUUGAAAGAGCACCCAUCGUUAUCGUUUGCUCGUUUAGAGCCAAUACCGUCUCCGUCCCUAAAACUCAGUGCCGCAAAUGGUGCACCAGUCAAAGUUUUAGGAUUUAUUUCGUUCGUUGUUCGGUUGGGAGACGUGUCCCGCCGAAUCGAUGCGUUGGUCGUACCAUCGCUCGGUCCUGAUCAGAUACUCCUAGACAAUGAUGCAAUGACUCGGUUUGGGGCAGUACUUGACUAGAAAAAUGAACAUUUGGCUUUUGAGUGUAGUGACACUAUUGUCCCCGCUAUUCAUCGUAAAAAAUCUCAACACGGUUCUGAUCCGUCGCCGUCCCCCCGUGUUGCAGCCGUUCAUCGAAUGCGGA